UUCAAGCUGAUCGUGAACAGUGUUUAGUUUUUUGUUUGUCAACUCUUCGAAAAACAAUGAACUGUGAAAUAUUGCACUGGAGCUAUCGGGACUUUCGGUUGAUCCCCGAAGAGUUGCGAUCGUUUGGAGCACAAGUGCUGGAAGUGUAUCUGAAGGAAAACUUCAUCCCCUCUAUUCCCCAGUGGUUCUUCGAGCAAAUGACCCAUCUGAGGUUUCUAAGCUUGGCCGGAAAUCUGCUGGUAGACAUUCCGGAGCAAAUAUCGCUGCUGAUUCACCUGGAAGUGUUAGAUCUCUCGCAAAACUCAAUAAGCUUGCUGCCGAAUACGAUAGGAUGCUUGCAUAAUUUGACCACUUUGCGGAUCAAUGAAAACAAACUGACACAUUUGCCUCAAGAGAUCGAAAAGUUGAACAAGCUAGAAAUUUUGGAUGCUUCCAAUAACUGUCUAUUGGAAAUCCCAAUAGAAUUGGGGCUUUGCAAGACGCUGAGAGAAAUCACCCUGAACGACAACUAUCACUUGAUUCGAAUACCAACUAAGAUUUUCACGAUGCCACCACUGGUAUUUCUAUCAGCUGAAAGAUGCAAUUUACUGUCGCUUCCAUUCGCAGCGAAUAGCACUUCGCUUGAAAUUGUCCGAGUGUUCAAAAACCACUCGUUAACGCAUUAUCCGCUGGUGUUGGAAAAGUUUAUGCAGCCCAAUUACGACAUCCUCAAUGCCGUUGAACUCAAGCGGUUGACUAUUUCCAGAACUAGUAACAACUUCAGUUAUCGACAAAUAAACUGUGAUUUACUACCGCGCCCACUGAUAUUUCCAGGCGAACUGACGACGGUUCUCGAUCGUCGGAGAUCCGGUCAAAUACCCAACUCUCUGAACGAGAUUUGCCUACGAAGCUGCAAUGGUUAUGCGAAAAUAAACUGCAGCCUUUGCCUGUUAAGGCCUUUCCUACCAGCGGAUAUGUGGCUGCGACUACGGCAAGGCCCGGUAGCAAUUUGCGGCAGUCCACCCUGCAGCAAGACGAUCUUUAGCGAGUGCUUCCUAGGAUUGGUGAAAAGACGGAACCAUGCCCGCCCAGUAGGAUUUACGAUCCUUUUCUGCUCGAAGCUGUGCGCCGAUCUUUGGUUCCAGUACAACUGUGAUGUCUACGAGGAACUCUAUUGGGUUGCUAUAUAAAAUAUCGGACAGUUUUUAAUGCGUUAAAUGUCAUGUAAAAAUUGUUGUAGGACCUUACGGCCAUUGCUAUCAUUAGUUAAAUUCAUUGUAGUGAAGGUGUGAGACAUCGUUGAAGCCAUGCGAGCAAAAACACGAUAGAUUGAUCCGAGCUUUGUUGAUUGUUCUCUAAACCAAAUUAGAUCCGACAACGUUACUUUAUCAGAAGUAAUAAUACAGUUGAUGGCUAAAAACGGGUACAACUUACUUUACUUUUUUGGCUAACGGAC